UCAUCAAUUUGUUUUUCCACAACAAUCUAUCAUGCAACAAAUUGGUGUGUCGGAAGCUUCUUAUGGCACAUAUAUAAUGCAUCCUUGUUUCAUAGAACUUCUUACGGAAUUGGAAGGCCACUUGCUUUAUGAACCGGGAGAAGUCAUCCUAUCAUCUAUCAAAUCCUGUUGCGAACGGCGGAAGUACGAGCCCUUCGAGCAAAAGGCGGAUGGUAGAUUUUUAGCACGCUUGAAAAGGUCGCGUAUCGAGAUCGGGCAUCUAGAAAUGUCGGGGGGCUAUGGCCACCGUGAGAUUCCACGAUCUACAUGGGACGGAUGUUGUAAAGGUUCUUUAGGCAAUAUGUAUAUGCUUGAGGAGAUCGGUGAGAGAUAUCACAAAGUAUCACCAAAGUCAUUUGCGAACACAUAUGUCUUUUUCGUGCAUACUUAUGAAGACAAAAUUGAAAUUUGGCAAAUGCAUAACUGUGCUCGAGGAAUUUUACAAUGGGAGCGUACGCACAAAGCAAUUGUUCCGAUCUGCUAUGAAGAGCAGAAAACCCAUCUUUUUGAUUUUGUGAUCUUGCUCUGGGAUCUAAAG